UCAAGUGAUUAGUGUAUACUUUCACCGAUUCCCAGUUUAUCACAAGGUGACAGCUAAAUUUACUUCUUUCUUUUUCUCGUGACUGCGCCAUAGUCACGUAUAUCUGUGCGAAUACGGCACAAUUGCAAAUGUAUAAUCUUGCGAAUUGCGGAUCAGUUAUUUGACAUAAUAAAAAACGAGGGCGCUCGCAACUGCCAAAGCUCUUCUGUCCAAGUGACGUGGCUCUCACAGCGGCUGCUACAUCUGAAAGUAUUCAAUUUUUACUCCAAGCUCCAAGCAACACUCGUUCUUGACAAUUAUGAAGUAAGCGGCUCUGCUGUGAGUUGUGCUAAACAACAUAUGGUGUUUUUUCUUCGCUAUAAGUCUGCCCAUUUAAUCGGGGUUCAAAAUGACAACAUAUGAAGAAUUCAUUCAACAGAAUGAAGACAGAGAUGGGGUACGUUUCACUUGGAAUGUAUGGCCUUCGUCUAGAGUUGAAGCUACCAGAUUAGUGGUACCGAUAGGUACACUUUAUCAACCAAUAAAAGAACGCUUAGAUCUUCCUCCAAUUCAAUAUGAUCCUGUUUUGUGUACAAGGGCUAACUGUAGAGCAAUUUUAAAUCCUCUGUGCCAAGUAGAUUACAGAGCUAAGCUAUGGGGUUGCAACUUCUGCUUUCAAAGAAAUCCUUUUCCCCCACAAUAUGCUGCAAUUACAGAGCAAUGCCAACCUGCUGAACUAAUUCCAAUGUUCUCAACAAUUGAAUAUACUAUAAUGAGAGCUCAGUGUUUGCCACCCAUUUUUUUGCUUGUUGUUGACACUUGUUUGGAAGAAGAUGAACUCACAGCUUUAAAAGAUUCAUUACAAAUGUCAUUGUCACUUCUACCAUCUAAUGCUUUAAUUGGUUUGAUAACUUUUGGUAAAAUGGUCCAGGUUCAUGAGCUUGGUUGUGAAGGCUGCAGUAAAAGUUAUGUGUUUCGUGGCACAAAGGAUUUACAGCCCAAACAAGUGCAAGAUAUGUUAGGUAUUGGAAGGUUACCUGCGGGUCAAAAUGUGAAUCAACGCGGACCCCCUGGUCAAUCUUUACCACCCGCCAAUCGGUUUUUGCAACCUGUUCAUAAAUGUGAUAUGAGUUUGACCGAUCUCUUAGGAGAAUUACAACGAGACCCUUGGCCAGUUGGUCCAGGAAAAAGACCUUUACGUUCGACAGGUGUUGCUCUUGCCGUGGCAACAGGUUUGCUAGAAGCAAGCUAUGCUAAUACAGGAGGAAGAAUCAUGUUGUUUGUUGGUGGACCCUGCUCUCAAGGACCAGGACAAGUUGUUACUGAUGAUUUAAGACAGCCUAUCCGUUCUCAUCACGAUAUACAAAAAGAUAAUGCAAAGUUCAUUAAAAAAGCUACCAAGCAUUAUGACGGAUUAGCCGCUCGAGCUGCAGCAAAUGGUCACAUUAUUGAUAUUUAUUCUUGUGCUCUUGACCAAACAGGUCUUUUAGAAAUGAGACAAUGUUGUAAUUCAACUGGUGGUCAUAUGGUCAUGGGUGACUCAUUUAACUCUUCACUUUUCAAGCAAACUUUCCAACGAGUUUUUGCUAAAGAUCCCAAAGGCGAUCUUAAAAUGGGUUUCAAUGCAACAUUAGAAAUUAAAACGUCUCGAGAAAUCAAGGUGUCAGGUGCCAUCGGACCUUGUGUAUCUUUAAACAUUAAAGGACCUUGUGUCGGAGAUCAAGAAAUUGGCUUAGGUGGUACAUCUCAGUGGAAAUUCUGUGCCUUAACCCCUUCAACAACGACGGCUAUAUUCUUUGAAGUUGUUAAUCAGCAAGCAGCUCCUAUUCCACAAGGAGGCAGAGGUUGCAUACAAUUUGUAACUCAAUAUCAACAUAGUAAUGGGCAAAGAAGAAUCAGGGUAACAACAAUUGCUAGGAACUGGGCAGACACUUCAUCUAUACAUCACAUUGCUGCUGGAUUUGAUCAAGAAGCUGCAGCUGUUCUGAUGUCAAGACUUGCAGUGUUUAGAGCGGAAUCUGAAGAUGGUCCAGAUGUUUUGAGAUGGGUUGACAGAAUGCUUAUAAGACUCUGUCAAAAGUUUGGAGAGUAUGGAAAAGACGAUCCCAAUAGUUUUAGACUCGCAGAAAAUUUCUCGCUAUAUCCACAAUUUAUGUAUCAUUUACGAAGAUCGCAAUUUUUGCAAGUUUUUAACAAUUCUCCUGAUGAAACUAGUUUUUAUAGGCAUAUGUUGAUGAGGGAGGAUUUAACCAAUUCAUUGAUAAUGGUUCAACCCAUAUUAUAUAGUUAUGGAUUUGGAGGUCCUCCUGAACCAGUAUUACUAGAUACAUCAUCAAUUCAACCUGAUCGAAUACUUCUUAUGGACACAUUUUUCCAGAUUCUUAUAUUCCAUGGAGAAACUAUUGCACAAUGGCGUCAGUUACAAUAUCAAGAUCUUCCUGAGUAUGAAAACUUCAAACAGCUAUUAGCAGGUCCAGUCGAUGAUGCACGUGACAUUUUAGCAGUAAGAUUCCCUGCACCCAGAUAUAUCGAUACUGAACAAGGCGGUUCUCAGGCAAGAUUCCUGUUGAGUAAAGUUAAUCCCAGCCAAACGCAUAAUAAUAUGUAUGCUUAUGGAGGGGAAAGUGGCGCUCCAGUAUUGACGGAUGAUGUCAGUCUUCAGGUAUUCAUGGAACAUUUGAAAAAAUUAGCUGUGUCUUCAACAGCCUAGUAAAAAUCGAUAGAGUAAUGAAAUUUAUGUCUUAAAAUUGAUGAGGAUUUAACAGAUGUUUCGUUCCAUAUUAAACUAUAAGUUUUAACUUUUGCAUAUAAAAAUUGUUACUCUUUUUAUGUAAUUAUGCAUUUCACUGGGAAUAACACUUUAUAAAAAAUAUAAUUUAUGGUAAACUUUCAUUUUUUACAUAGAGAACUAUACGAGAUGAAUUUUAAUGUAUAUUUUACUUACAACUCAAAGAUGUGGUUGAGAAAUAUUUAUUAUGUGAAUAAUUUAAUUUAAAAAUCUUUAUUUACCAUUAUGUUGGAAUUAAAAU